UGAGGGGAGAGGCCGCUCUAGGCAACGGGGAGGUCUCGGAGUUGAGGGGGUAGGGAAAGGAGAGCAGCCUCUCCUCUAUGGUCGCUAGGCCCGGGCAUUUUCACCCGAAGUCGGUACUAAGUUACUUCCGGUAGCGAAGCCUCUACCUUUUCCUCUGCUCCUGCGGGGGGUCCGUGCAGGGGAUAAUGGUCGAGUGGGCCCCGGGACAAGUGGAAUGAUUAAUGAUGUUUUACAGCAGUUUUCCACAUCUGAAAUUUUCUAUGUCUGUGGAUCCCAGAAUUUGCUAAGAAAUGGAGGAACCUCAGAAAUGCUAUCUGAACACAGUGGACCUUGAGAAAGAUGACCCUCUCAAAAGCACCAGCCCUCAGAUUUCUGUUAGUGAAUUUUCUUGCCACUGCUGCUACGACAUCCUGGUUAACCCCACCACCUUGAACUGUGGGCACAGCUUCUGCCGUCAUUGCCUUGCUUUAUGGUGGGCGUCUUCAAAGAAAACAGAAUGUCCAGAAUGCAGAGAAAAAUGGGAAGGUUUCCCCAAAGUCAAUAUUCUCCUCAGGUUGCUUUUAACUUUGACAGAGGAAGAAUUCUCCAAGUCGCCAUAUACCAUAGAAAACAGCAGCCACAGGAGAGCCAUCCUUAUGGAGCUGGAACGUGUAAAAGCAUUAGGUGUGAAGCCCCCCCAGAAUCUCUGGGAAUAUAAGGCUGUGAACCCAGGCAGGUCCCUGUUCCUGCUAUACGCCCUCAAGAGCUCCCCCAGGCUGGGUCUGCUCUACCUGUACCUGUUUGACUACACAGACACCUUCCUGCCCUUCAUCCACACUAUCUGCCCUCUGCAAGAAGACAGCUCUAGGGAGGACAUCAUCACCAAGCUUCUGGAUCUUAAGGAGCCUACGUGGAAGCAGUGGAGAGAGUUCCUGGUCAAAUACUCCUUCCUUCCAUACCAGCUGAUUGCCGAGUUUGCUUGGGACUGGCUGGAGGUCCAUUAUUGGACAUCACGGUUUCUCAUCAUCAAUGCUAUGUUACUCUCAGUUCUGGAAUUAUUCUCCUUUUGGAGAAUCUGGUCAAGAAGUGAACUGAAGACUGUGCCUCAGAGGAUGUGGAGCCAUUUCUGGAAAGUAUCAACGCAGGGGCUUUUCGUGGCCAUGUUCUGGCCCCUCAUCCCUCAAUUUGUUUGCAACUGUUUGUUUUACUGGGCCCUGUACUUUAACCCAAUUAUUAACAUUGAUCUUGUGGUCAAGGAAGUCCGACGUCUGGAAACCCAAGUGUUGUGACUGGCACUGCCCAGUCUCAGACUCUUCACGUUCCACCGAUGUCUGAGCUUUGAUGCUUAAGUGGGGUGAGGCAGGGAGCGGAAUUCCUAUUUUCUACCCCCAGUAAAACAAGGUGCUGCUUUGUAUGUCAAACGCUCCAACCAUGUCCUCCCCCUCGGCCUGUGGGUAGCGUCAUCAGGGACUGACAUCCUUGCAGGGAGGACUGUCUGUUUGGCUGACACAGCAGCAGCCCUGCCCACCCAGCCACCUUCCUCACAGGGACUGGGAGGUUCAGUCCCCAACGGCUGGCAAGACUCAGGGUCCUCAGUGGACGUGGUGUGGGUGACAUCAGACGGGUGCCACAUGAGUCCCCUCCCCAAUGUCAGUGACUGACAGAGGAUCCCAGAUCUCGGAGCCCGAGACCAGGCUUGUGGGGUCCUGGCCCGUCCUCUAAGUCAAGUUUAGGAAAACAAGGAUAAAAUUCUGUCAUAGGCAUAGAGAGUUGCACAUAAAAAAUACAGAAGAAAAAAAUACAGAAGAAUGAUGCUAUAUAUGAUACAAAAAAAAAAAAAAAACUGAAGAAAACCCAAAAUUCAGUCAACAAUUCUGUCUUAUUGAAGAGUUGCUAGGAUUCAGAGAAAAACCUCUCAAA